AUGGUGCGGGCCAGCCAGUCAAUUGGCCUAAAUACACGAAGGGCAGCCGAAUCAGGAAAUGAGUCGGACAUCGUCGAGAGUUGGGCAAUAACACCUCCUUCGGCACUACCUGCUUUACCGGGUCCCCUUAUACCUAACUAUUAUCCUAAUCACCUCAAGCAAGAUGUCCAAUUAAAAAGGAUAUACAAGGUUAGUCUAGUCGAGCGUCAUGGGGGAAUGCAUAUAGAGACAAACUCGAUAUUUGGUGGAUCGCACUCCCGAGUCAAGGUCCAUCCGGAAUGGAAGGACCAAGCCAUCCCUGCCUUCAACAGAGCUCGACAUGAUCUUCAUAUCCCUGCCGAUCUGUCUUCAGCUCUUCCCUAUUAG